GUCACCCCAUCAUCACCCAGGUCCUAAACCAGUGAGGGAGCGGCUCCUGCUCACGGGUCUGUAGCUGGUACCCGGCAUAGGGACACUGAGGCGCUCACAGGAGGCCUCUCCGUGUAACCGUCCAGUGGGUUCACCUUGCCAGCUGCCUAGACAGACCUGAUUUAUGAAGACUGGGGAGUUGCAGUGGAGAAAUAGUAAUUCACGCAGAGCCGUCCUGCUGUUCGGGAAACAGGAGUUUUAUUAUUAUUCAAAUCAGUCUCCCCGAGCAUUCUGGGAUCAGAGUUUUCAAAAUUAAUUUGGCGGGUAGGGGCUUGAGAAGUGGGGAGUGCUGAUCGGUCAGGUUGGAGAUGGAUUCAUAAGGGGUUAAAAUGAGUUUUUCAUGCUGUUUUCUGUUCUGGGUGGGCUGGCAGAACUGAUUGACCCAGAUUACCUGUCUGUGUGUUGUCCGCUGAUCCAUCCAGUGCAGGAUCUGCAAAAUACCCCAAGCACUGAUCUUAGACGUUGGGGAAACCAGCCGCACACCACCCAGCAGAUACCCUGAGUCCAGCGGAGACAAAGGAGUUAGAAAGAGACAGAAUACGCGUUUAAAAGGCGGGUCCAGGUGGCCGGGGCAUUGGAGGCUUCCUGGUGGCCCAGAGCUCUUGGGCUCCACCCAGUUUAUUGGUUUACAAGCUCUUUGUUCUUAUGGCAGAUUGGAGGGGGAGGAAGGGAUUAGGAAAAGGAUUAAUCAGUAAAGGAGAACUCGUGAGUCAUUCGAUAAGAUGUAUAGCACUGGCCGUUUCUGUGAAUUUCCUUGAGCAAAGGCGUUUCUAAACUACUUAAGAUCUUUAACUUAUCGGGACUAAAACAGGUGGCUGUGGGUUUCAGGAGGAGCCAAGAUGUUUGAUUAUACUCCACUGCUUCAAGGGAGUGUUAUCUCCUUGAGCAACCUAUGGAAUGCCGCUGAACAGUUAUGCUCUCGGGACAUAAAGACAUGAAGGCAAUAAGGAGACUUUUCUCCUCAGAGGCUGCCCAUGGCUUCCCAUGGGUGUCUCACACAGGGGAGACCAACUCAACUAGCACCCCAGAAACUCACAUUAGGUUUUACAAUAGUAACAUUAUCUUCAGGAGCAACUUGGGGAGGUUCAGACUCUUGGAGCCAGAAGCUGCAUGACCCCUAAACCGUAAUUUCUAUUCUUGUAGCUAAUUUGUUAGUCCUGCAAAGACAGGCUGGUCCCCAGGCAAAAAGGGGGUCUCUUCAGGAAAUGGCUAUUAUCAAUUUUGUUUCAGAGUGAAACUAUGAACUGAAUUCUUUUCCUAAGUUAAUUCAGCCUAUGCCCCGGAAUGAACAAGGACGGCUGAAAUGUUGGAAGCAAGAUGGAGUCAAUUAGGUCUGAUUUCUUUCACUGUCAUAAUUUCCUCAGUUAUAAUUUUGCAGUCAGUUUCACCUGUUUCUGACUCCAGUGGGAUGCAGUGGGGAGAGUGACAGGCACAGGGAGGGGUGCAGGCAAUGGCCUGCAGAUGGACGGAGCUGGAAGGAUGGAACCUGGUGUCUACAGACAUCUCUCAGGAACAAAGUGUGAGACGGAGCUCUUCCUGGUAAAGCAAGCAGGCCAGGCGCUGUGCAUUCAUCAUGAGGAUGCUAGAAGCCAUGGAGGGUUUUGAAGAAAGGAGGGACAUGAUCCAAAUCCAGGCUUUUAAGAAGUUUCCCAAAGGCCAGUCAAAGGAAGAGCAUCAUAGAGAGAGAGGAUGAGGACUUUGGGGUCUUGGGAGGUUGAAUCCUUUUUGUAGCUCACAUAGGUGGUAGAGAUGACAUUUUGCACUGAGACAAGCAGGUCAGACAACCAGCCUUAGGGUUACCUGGCUCCAGGGACAAGAAAGGAUUCAGGGAGGCCUGAGCUUAUCAAAUCCCGUGACAUGUUUGUAAUGUCUGCCUCUCCCCUCAGGCACUCCUGGCUGCAAAAGCACUUAGGAAACCCACACAGGGAAGUGGAGGGUGUUCAAUCCCCUCAUUGGUCCUGACCCGCAUCUACAGGUUCUCUAGCUUGUGGUGUCCUGGGAUUCUUAAAUGCCAUUUUUUCAGUCCUUUGAUCUGAGGACCCUGGAGAAUCUCUAAACCCAGGAUACUAAGGCCAUGGCUGGUUAUAUGUAGGUAUUCCCAUUUCUGUCAACCAAUGUAAACAACCUUGUAAGAUUAACCCAGGAGUUGUUACCAGGUUGUGAAAUGCUUAGAGAUAAAAUGGAUCAAAGUCAGGAGGUGAUAUUACCACAGUUGUAUCUGGCUACAGCCUUCAUCUGGUUGGACCUUGUUGCAUAGACUGUGGAUUGAGGGAAGCCGAAGAAAGGUCAGAGAUAAGGCUCCUGCCAUAAUCCAGGUGAGGGUUAAUGGAUCAGAUAAGUGGCAAAUCACAUGGAUCUGGAUUCAGGAUUCACUUCUUGUAAAGAGACAGCUAGGUUUUUUUUUUUUUUUUUUUUUUUUUUUUUAACGUGGCAUUUCAGUCUUGUUGCCCAGGCUGGAGUGCAAUGGCGUAAUCUUGGCUCACUGGAGCCUCUGCCUCCCAGGUUCAAGCACUUCAAGGUAGCUGGCAUUACAGGCACCCACCACCAUGCCCAGCUAAUUUUUGUAUUUUUAGUAGAGAUGAGGUUUUACCAUGUUAGCCAAGCUGGUCUCGAACUCCUGACCUCAGGUGACCAUCCCGUCUCGGCCUCCCAAAGUGCUGGGAUUAUAGGCAUGAAACAAUGCACCCAGCCGAGACAGCUAGGUUUUCUUUUUUUUUUUUUUUUUUGAGACAGAGUUUCACUCUGUUGUCCAGCCUGGAGUCUAGUGACACAAUCUCAGCCCACUGCAACCUCAUGGGUUCAAAUGAUUCUCCUGCCUCUGCCUCCUGAGUAGCUGGGAUUACAGGCAUGUACCACCACACUCAGCUAAUUUUUCUAUUUUUACUAAAGUCAGGGUUUCACCAUGUUGGCCAGGGUAGUCUCAAACUCCUGACCUAAGGAGAGUCGCUGGCCUCUGCCUCCCAAAGUGCUGGGAUGACAGGCAUGAGCCACCAUGCCUUGCAGACAGAUAGGUUUUCUAAUGUGGAUGAGAGGAGCAUGAAAGAGGAAUCGGGCAUGAGCCCAAGGUUUUUUGUUGUUGUUGUUGUUUGUUUGUUUUUUUUUGAGACGGAGUCUCACUCUGUUGCCCAGGCUGGAGUGCAGUGGCGUGAUCUCGGCUCACUGCAAGCUCCGCCUCCCGGUUUCACGCCAUUCUCCCGCCUCAGUCUCUGGAGUAGCUGGCACUACAGGCGCCUGCCACCAUGCCGGCUAAUUUUUUGUAUUUUUAGUAGAGAUGGGGUUUCACCAUGUUAGCCAGGAUGAUCUCGAUCUCCUGACCUCGUGAUCCACCCACCUUGGCCUCCCAAAGUGCUGGGAUUACAGGCGUGAGCCACCGGGCACAGCCAAGACCAAGGUUUUUGAUCUUAGCAGCUGUAACCAUGGACGCUGCUUCAGCUGAGAUGAGGUUGGUAUUGACAUAAUAUUCACUGUGGAUAUCCAGAGGAUUGUUUUGGCCAUACAAAGAAUCAGAGACCAAUAAGUGCUGGCAUCAAAUGGAUAACUAGACAUACAGGAUGGGGUAUCUGGGAGGGUAUUGAUACUGGAGACAUCCAAUAUAUGAAAGCUAAUGGGUGAACUGUGAUUAGUUAUGGGUCCAUUUAGGAGGACGUGCUUCAGAUUAUGGUGGUAAAUCUUUUCAGGGGGCAGAAAGGUGUGAUUACAGACUGAGGAAUGGAUCUCUUACUUAUGUCCCCAAAUGAUGGUAUUGGGCUUCCUAAACACCUGAAAGGGUGUGAGUGACCAUCAUAGCAGGACAUAUGAUACAGUAGAGUUUGGAAGGGGAUGUAGACAUCCAAAGAGAGAAUAGACAAGAGAUAGAUGCAUGCAGAAGCAUAGGAGUAAUUCAGGGAAGAUGACACUUGGGCCUGAGUUGGUGCCAAAGUUGUAACUUUUUUUUUUUUUCAGAUGGAGUUUCGCUCUUGUUGCCCAAGCUGGAGUGCAAUGGCACCUUCUCAGCUCACUGCAACCUCCACCUCCUGGGUUCAAGCAAUUCUCCUGCCUCAGCCUCCCAAGUAGCUAGGAUUACAGGCACCCGCCACCACGCCAGGCUAAUUUUUGUAUUUUCAGUAGAGACAGGGUUUCACCAUGCUGACCAGGCUAGUCUUGAACUCCUGACCUGGUGAUCUGCCUGCCACAGCCUCAAAGUGCUGAAAUUACAGGCAUGAGCCACUGUGCCUGGCCAGUUGUAAUUAUUUAUCACUGUCUAGACUCACAAACAUUUUGAGAUGACUUUGGGAGUCCCUGGGGAGUUUCAUUCAGCCUGGUGCAUAUGGGCAGUGAAAAAUAUGCUCAUCUGUAAUAGUAGAUUUGGUUUGGGUCACAAAUCCAGGGGCUGGGCUUUAAAUGGCAUUAGGUGGACAGAGGAGGGUUGCUACAGCUGAGGUCUCAGCUGAUACGGCACAAAAGUGAAAUAGGGCCAUGGAUAUCUGAAGCCACAUGUGGUUCUGUGUGGCUAUGGAGUCAUUCCGGGAGACAUUCACAGGAUGAUUUGGGAUUACCACUGCUAUUGUAAACCAUGGAAAUUCUGUGUUAAUAUUGGAUCCUAUUUGUAUUUGUCAAGCAUAGUCUGGAUGCUUAUCCACAUUUUGGUAUAAGGCCAGAAUUGAAGGCCCAAUAUGAUGUGUCACUUUGACAUCUUGUGAUAGUGGGACAACCUUAAAAGGUGUAAGUACAAAUCUCAUUCCCACUCUGCUCUCUUGAAUAAUGUAUCCUAGCCUAACAGCCCAUUUUAUCAAGGUGAUAAGGCAGGGUUCCAGGUUGUUAUAUUUUGUGAUGGGUUUCAAUUCCAUCCCUACCACCAGAGUUAUGGAAACAAACCAUUGCAUAUUCCCAAGGGAAUCAUGGGCCGUUAUACCCUCUUCAUCUUGUGAAACAAUUUUAUUUGUAGGUGCUGGGUGUGGCAGCUCACCCCUAUAAUCUCCUCAGUUUCAGAGGCCAAGGCAGGUGGAUCACUUGAGACCAGAAGUUCAAGACCAGCCUGGCCAACAAGCAGGGCACUGUGACCUUUGAAGAUGUGGCUGUGAACUUUUCCCAGGAGGAAUGGAGUCUCCUUAGUGAGGCUCAGAGGUGCUUGUACCGUGAUGUGAUGCUAGAGAACCUGGCUCUCAUAUCCUCGCUGAGUUGUUGGUGUGGAUCGAAAGAUGAGGAGGUACCAUGUAAGCAGAGAAUUUCUCUACAAAGAGAGUCUCAGAGCAGGACUCCUAGGACAGUUAUUUCUCCUAAGGCUCACCCCUGUGAAAUGUGUGGCCUCAUCUUGGGGGAUAUUUUUCACUUUGCUGACCACCAGGAAACUCAUCACAAGCAGAAGCUGAACAGGAGUGGAGCAUGUGGAAAAAACUUGGAUGACACUGCAAACCUUCAUCAGCACCAGAAACAGCAUAUUGGAGAGAAAUUCUACAGAAAGAGUGUCAGAGAAGCAUCAUUUGUAAAGAAACAUAAGUGCAGGGUGUCACAGGAGCCAUUUGUCUUCUGUGAGUUUGGGAAGGACGUUCUGCCCAGUUCAGGAUUAUGCCAAGAAGAAGCUGCUUACCCUGUAGAGAAGACAGACAGUGAAACUACGCAUGGCCCACCCUUUCAGGAGGGAAAAUCUAAUUACAGGUGUGGAAAACACACAAAAGCCUUCAGCACCAAACACUCAGUUAUUCCACACCAGAAACUUUUCACUAGAGAUGGAUGUUAUGUGUGCAGUGAUUGUGGAAAAUCCUUUAGCAGAUAUGUCAGUUUCAGUAAUCAUCAGCGAGAUCACACUGGAAAAGGACCUUAUGAGUGUGGGAAAUCUUAUAGUCAAAAGAGCAGCCUCAUUCAACAUCAGAGAGUUCACACUGGAAAGACAGUUUAUCCCUGUGGGGAGUGUGGGAAAUCUUUUAGUCAGAAGGGCAGCCUUAUUAGCCAUCAGCGUGUUCACACUGGAGAAGGGCCUUAUGAGUGUGGAGAAUGUGGGAAAUCUUUUGAUCAAAAGGGUAACCUCAUUCAACAUCAGCGAGGUCACACUGGAGAGAAAGCUUAUCACUGUGGGGAAUGUGGGAAAUCUUUUCGUCAGAAGUUUUGCCUUAUUAACCAUCAGCGUGUUCACACUGGAGAAAGGCCUUACAAGUGUGGAGAAUGUGGGAAAUCUUUUGGUCAAAAGGGCAACCUAGUUCACCAUCAGCGAGGUCACACUGGAGAAAGGCCUUAUGAGUGCAAGGAAUGUGGGAAAUCAUUUAGGUACAGAUCCCACCUCACUGAACACCAGAGACUUCACACUGGGGAAAGACCUUACAAUUGUAGAGAAUGUGGGAAAUUAUUUAACAGGAAGUAUCAUCUUCUUGUUCAUGAGAGAGUUCACACUGGAGAAAGGCCAUAUGAGUGUGAGAUAUGUGGGAAACUAUUUGGCAAUAAGCACAGCGUGACUAUACAUCAGAGGAUUCACACUGGAGAAAGGCCAUAUGAAUGCAGUGAAUGUGGGAAAUCAUUUCUUUCCAGCUCUGCACUUCAUGUUCAUAAAAGAGUUCAUUCUGGACAAAAGCCUUAUAAGUGCAGUGAAUGUGGAAAAUCCUUUUCUGAAUGUUCCAGUCUCAUUAAACACAGGAGAAUUCACACUGGAGAAAGGCCUUAUGAAUGUACCAAAUGUGGAAAAACAUUUCAGCGAAGCUCUACCCUCCUUCAUCAUCAGAGUUCACACAGGAGAAAGGCCUUAUGAGUGCAGUGAAUAUGGGAAAUCCUUUGCUGAAACAUCCCAUCUCAUUAAACACAGGAGAGUUCAUACUGGAGAAAGGCCUCAUGACUGCUGUCAACAUGGAAAACAUCAGAAUGUCUGCUCUCCUUGGUCUUAAGCAACUUCGCGUUGAGAUGGAGUCUCAUUCUGUCACCCAGGCUGGAGUGCAGUGGUGCAGUCUUGGCUCGCUGCAACUUGGGCCUCCCGGGUUCAUGCGAUCCUCCUACCUCAGCCUCCUGAGUAGCUGGGAUUAUGAGUGCACACCACCAUGCCCAGCUAAUUUUUGUAUUUUUAGUGGAGAUGGGGUUCUACCAUGUUGGCCAGGCUGGUCUGGAACUCCUGACCUCAAGUGAUCCACCCACCUUGGCUCCCAAAGUGCUGAAAUUACAGGCAUGAGCCUCUGCACCUGGCCUUCAUUCUUUUUGUAUUGCUUAGAAUAUGACAUGCUGAACCAGGCAUGGUGGCUCAUGCUUGUAAACCUGAUGCUUUGGGAGGACAAGGUGGUUCAUUUGAGGCCAGGAGUUAGAGAUCAGCCUGGGCAACAUAGCCAGACCUCCUCUCUACAAAAAUAAAAAAGAAUGACAUGCUAUGAAAACUUACUGUAUAUCAUUCAUCUGUUGAAGUGUAUUUCAGUUGCUUCUUGUUUUUGUCUGUUAUAAAUAAAACUGCUAUAUUUGAA